AAAUCUUGAAAGUCCUAAAAUAUAAGGUGCAAAUAACCAUUGUGAGCCGUGGUAUGAUCGAAAAAAAAAAAAGGACAGACAGUAGUUCAUCAGUAGUCAUUACCACCGCCGCUACAAGCCGUAAAGUGUAACUUGGGUUUGUAGCAGGGAGUCCGUCGUUGAUUUAAGUGAGCUUUCUGUGGGAGUUCGUGUGUUGUCUUAGCCAGCAAGUAGAUGGCGUCUGACUGCAGUUUCCAUCCUUGACACUCAGAAAGCUGAGUCACAGAACUGGCAACCCUGGUAACGGCAACCGUGAAGGAGCUGGACAAUUCGCGUUAAUUUAUCGAUAUUAACAACUGCUUGGAAGAUGUUGACGAUUACACUGAAAACUCUCCAGCAGCAAACCUUUAAGAUAGAGAUAGACCCGGAGCUGACGGUCAAAACUCUGAAGGAGAAGAUCGAGGCAGAGAAAGGAAGUGAAUCUUAUCCAGCCUCGGGGCAGAAGCUCAUCUAUGCAGGUAAAAUCUUAAAUGAUGACAUACCUUUAAAAGACUACAAAAUAGACGAGAAGAACUUCGUUGUGGUGAUGGUGACGAAGCCCAAACCCGCCUGCCCCCCGCCGCCCCCCAGCCAAGCCCCUCCUGCCCCGGCUGUGGUCAGCAUGCCGCCCCCUGCUCCCGCCCCCCCUGCGGUGACCCCUGCCCCCUCAGAAGAGUGCGUCCCUCCGGAGGCCGAGCCCCCCUCCGCGCCCCCUUCUACCCCGGCCGCCACCGCGGAGACCGUAGAGGCGACGCCAGGGGUACCCAGCGCCCCGAGCGAGGGGAAACCCCAAGAGGAGCCCAAAGAUCAACCGGCUGCUGCCCCUCUGCCACCUCCCCCCUCUUCCUCCAGCAUCGCAGAAGAUCUGAGCCUUUUAGAAGAAGCAGCCUCUAUAUUAGUCACAGGGCAAGCGUAUGAGAAUCUGGUGACGGAGAUCAUGUCUAUGGGCUAUGAGAGAGAGCAAGUUAUAGCAGCACUAAGGGCAAGUUACAAUAACCCUGACCGAGCGGUGGAGUAUCUACUCACAGGGAUCCCUGCUGAACCAGACCUCCCACCCAGAGAGGUAGCCCGACCCCCUCCUGUGACGAACCCCGCCCCCCAGGCCACUGAGAGACCCCAGCCCGCCCCGGCUGCAAGUGGCGCCGUGCCGUCGUCCGGGAACCCGCUGGAGUUCCUGAGGACUCAGCCCCAGUUCCAGCAGAUGCGUCAGAUCAUCCAGCAGAACCCGGCUCUGCUGCCUGCGCUUCUCCAGCAGCUGGGCAGGGACAACCCCCAGCUGCUCCAGCAAAUCACGCAGCACCAGGAGCGGUUUGUCCAGAUGCUGAAUGAGCCGCUGGGAGAAGCGGGAGGAGAAGGGGCCGAAGGUCAAGGGGCUCCACAGACGAACUACAUCCAGGUCACGCCACAAGAAAAAGAGGCCAUCGAAAGGUUAAAAGCCCUGGGCUUUCCAGAGGGACUGGUAAUUCAAGCCUAUUUCGCGUGUGAGAAAAACGAAAAUCUGGCGGCCAAUUUCCUCCUGCAGCAGAAUUUCGAUGAUGAGUAAAGAAGCACUGUGGACAGGGAGAAACGGGGUGGGGGGGUUACUGGGGGGGCUGGGGGGGGAGAUAUCAGCGGGUGCCAUGAGUGUGCGUGUGGGCCGGAGGGAUCAGAGCACCUCACCCGUCCUAGAGAUGCUUUUCCUGGAGAGAGCCGUGAUGUGAAGCACUCUUUAGUACAGCGCUUGUUCGCUGCCAGACGACCUGCGCUCCUCUGCGCACUCUGCCCACAUCAUUGCUGCUGCUGCUCCUGCUGCUUCUGCUAGUUCAGUCUUUAGGAGUACAGAGCUGCAGUUUUCUUUUCCUUUAUACAACUACGCCUUAUUUAUUUUUUUAAAUUUUAUUUUGCUCCCCAAUCUACCCCCCCCCCACCCACCGACCUACCCACCCACCCCUAACGGGUCGCCUGGGGGAAGCAGGAAGCCAUCUGACGAAAACCGUGGGAAAACGACAAUCAGAUUCUCUCCAAAAGCACGGUCCCUUCUUGGCCAUUUAUUUAUUAUGGAGGCCACCAGCAGCUGCUUGGAGCUCCUCGUGUGUCACAUUUAGUUUGCCUGUACCUUGCCAAGAAUUACAUUUUAAUGCAAUACCUCUGAACUGUAUCAUCGAGCAAAAAAAAAAAAGUCACAUAUCUUAUUAAAAAAAAAAUCAAAGCUGGAUGUAGUUAUUUAUUAGUAUAUCUAUCCAACACCACGCUAGCAAAUUUAAUUUUAAGCUCAGCUCAGUAACUGUACAUAUACCUCUUUCCUGUAAGUAAAUGUGAUAGAAAUGGCAACAUCACAUUCUGAAGUGUUCCAGCCAGUACUGUUUACCAAUAAAUAACAAAGUAAAACGUUUGAUUAUAUUACGCUUGAUCUCUUCUAAGGAAAAGCGUUGGCUUAUGAAAUGAGAUCCACUGGAGACUGGGAUCGUAAUUGGAUCCACUACACCAUUAUGAAGCUGGCACGUGUUGCAGUGUUGUGUUUUUCUUACGAUUGGAGCACGGCUUGCUUGAGAAUAUCAAACGUGUUCCGAUACCUGUUUUGCUCUUUACCAGUAAAUUGAGGUGUGUAUUGCUUUAAAAAAAAAUAGUUUGAGGAUCUGUUAACGGAAUUGUGCCCUUAUAAAACGUUUUUGAAGUAUAGGCUUAUUUUCAAAAAGAAAAUAACCUCUAUCCCUCCAAUUUAUGUGAAACAUGAAAACUGUAGGUGGUGUUUUAGCAGCCUCCCAGUACAGUAUUUGAAGAUCCUGCUGCCAAAAUAUAUCAUGUUUGUGGAUUUGUACAGAGUGUUUAUAUGAAGUGUAUUUUUUUUAUUCAUAUAAAUAAAGCCAAAAGAUAAUGCUUAGAUUAUAUACUUUUUUCAGGUAGCUGUAAUGAGGGAGAAAUUAAUAGUGGCAGCACUGUCCCACCCCUAGUCAUUGAAAUUCUGAGCCCCACAAGCUGGUUUCUAAAAAACUAAAAAACAGACAUGUGCUGAUUUAGAUACAAUUGAUAAUCGCUUCAUUGAUAAUAACAGCUCAGAUGGACCACAAUUCAGGAGAUGGCACCAUCUACGCUUGAUCCAGGGCAAGGAGUGAGGAUCACUGCACUGGGAACUAAAUAUACUGGCAUCUUCAGUGAAAUUGCACAGAUCAACGUCACUGUCUUAAACCACUGGGAUGCUCUGAUUUUUCUUAUUCGGUGUUAUUUUAGUUAGCUAGUGGGCUUUUAUUUUUUUCAUCCAUUGAUGUUUCUAAAUUCCAUUUGGACUUCCAUCAAUUCCGUACAAAUCGCAAGGCUUCAGAAAUGAUGCGUGUGAAAAAUCAGUAAGAAUAUUGACUCAGUUAUCCUGCCACAGUUGUUUCUUCCGAUUGUUUUUUUUUUUUUUGGAGGAAAUUGGAUGUUUCAGCAUGAUGAUGUAGCAUUGAUACCUUUGUCACUACUAUGUUUGCAGUCAAACUUCCUUAAAAAUCAUACUGGAACUAUAGAAGUUCUUUAUGUGUAGGAGAUUUAGACUUUAAUGUUAAUCACAAGACUGAUGAUUCCAAAAAUUGGUGAAAUUGAGUCAGUUAUUCUGCCACAAGGCUACUUCAGUAUUACAGCUGUGUGGCUUAGUUCUGAAUUGUACAUGUCGGUUAUAAUGAAAUUAUCACCUCCAGGUUUGAAAAUGUGCUUUGAAAGGGGGGUUUUGGUUGGCAAACAAAUAAAAUGGAAAAUGUUUUGUUUCUGUCAUUUUUAAAAGUAUUAAAAAUACUUGGACACGGGAGUCUGUUCCCUCCAAAUAAUCGGUUUUAUAAUCUAAAAGUGACCUUUUCCUGUAUUUUUCUCAACACCGUCCUGUUUAAGAAAAUAUUUCACAAACCUUUAAAGUAUGAAAUGUUCCACAGUGGCAAAAACAUUUACCUAUUAAUCAGUGUGAGAUGUCUUGCUUCCCUGUAGCUUAUAGACAUGAUUAACUUGAAUUUCUAUUAGUAACAACUUGGUCAGCAUUGUGUAUUUUGAGUUUGUUUUGUUUCAUGUGUGCUCUGCUUGACUAUUUCUUCUUUAGAUCAUUUGCUAUGAGAAGUAACUAUUCCAUGAAAAAACAACUUUUGAGAUGUAUACACAGUCACACUAAGCUUGUUUUCUGUCCUGUGAUCAUGCACAGAUUAGUUUCUCUUCAUGGGCUGAUACAUUUCCAAUUUGCUGUGCUUUUAUAGAAAGACUCCAAUACAGCUAUCAAAAAAUGCUCCUAGCAGAGUGUCACUAAAAUGUUGAUUACGUGAGGGAAGCAAAUUAGUGUAAAACACCGCUUGAGGUGGAGGGUGGUAGCAAAACAUAAAAUCUAUAAAACUGGGGGGGACAUAUUUUAGUGUUACACCUGAUAAGCAGUGUGCAAUGGAGGCUUCAAUUGUGUGACACUAAAUAGUCUCCCUCUUGUUUUUAUUAGCUACUGGUUUCAAGAAAUAGUUAAGAUGUUUUUUUUUCUAAUUUCAGCAUCAAUGAUGAACAUUAUAUGAUGUACAGUGAGAAAGCAGUACAUCUACAUCAAUUAUUCCUGUAUUCCCUAGACCUACUUAUUUAACAUUGAAAUUGUAGCAUCGAAUUCCUUCCCAAUUUCUAAAAAAAAAAAAAAGCACUUCACUAUGGAAGUGCAUGAGAGGUAUGCGUAUGGUUCGCUAUUUCUGCAGCGUUCAUUAAAGCGAAUUAGAAGAAUUUAGAGUGGAAAGAAAUGCAGAGAUGCAAAACUUGUUGGCCGAAGCACAAAGUGCAUUGAAAUAAAAUAAGAGCAGCUUUCUCCUUGACUGUACCGAAUGACUCAGUUUUUCUUUUCUUGUGUUGCUGUCAUGAUAAUGUGUGAUCAACGCUGAACCUUCCUGUUUAAAGAGACGGCACUUUAACUGCGAGAAUGUUGCCCUGAGAGAUGGGAGAGGUGCAUGUGUUUUUUUUUUAAGUUACCUAGUGCCCUGUUGGACCUUCGGCAUGCUGUAGAACUCAUUUAUGUAUCGCAGUGGUGGUGAUUUUUCUCUUUGACUUCCUGGGUAUUUCUCUGUUUGAAGUUUCAGAUUUUAUUUCAGUUUUUUUUUGCCUUUCUGGGGAGGGGAAAAGAAGAAAAGUUUUAGCCUUAACUGCAUUACUUCCUGAAGGCUCAGUUUGCUGAAUGGUUCUGGGAUUCAUCGAUUUCAGCAUUAUGUAAAAAAUAAAUAGCUUUUACAAAGCUUUACAACAGA